AUGCUAAAAAGAGUUAGACGUACAUCGGAAGCCAAAGAUUCAGCUCGAGUGGCACUGAAAUCACCAUGGUGGACGCUUGGCUGCAGUUACGAAGAGGAUGAUGAACUACCUUCAUUGUUAGAUAGAUGUCUGCUAUUGUUGAUUUGGGAAGAUUGCACUUAUCACAUGUCUGCUAGUGCAAUUUCACAUCUAACGGACUUGGAAGAUCUAUAUUUCAGCAGAUCAGCUAAUAAUGGAGUGUUCAUUUGUCUACAGUGCUAUGGUGUUCAUAGAAGCGUUGGGACACAUGUUUCAAAGGUGCUGUCAGUCACUCUAGAUCAAUGGACAGAUGAUGAGAUCAACUCCAUAAUAGAAGUUGGUGGAAACUCUUAUGCCAAUGCUAUAUACGAAGCACUUCUGCCGGAGGACUAUGAGAAGCCGCAUCCAAAUUCUAGCCAAGAAGAGAGAGCUGAAUUCAUCAGAUCGAAGUAUGAGUUGCAAGAAUUUGUGAAGCCAAGCCUCGUUUCCAGCUAUAAGGGCUCCUUAGGGGAAACCAGUUCUCAAAAACAUACAGGUAAUUCCGUGUUCCUUUCUGCUAGUUUCAGCGGUGAGGCUGGAAUGCUUGAGAGUAUUGGAAUACUAAAAGUUAAGGUGAUAAGAGGGACUAAAUUGGCUGUAAGAGACCUGAUGAGUAGUAACCCCUACGUUGUGCUGAACCUAGGACAGCAGAAAGCAAAAACUUUUGUGAGUAAAUGUAAUCGGAAUCCUGUUUGGAAUGAAGAGUUUAAGCUGUCAGUUUCCCAGCAGUGCGGGCCUCUGAAGCUUCAAGUGUUCGACCACGACAUGCUGUCAAAGGACGAUUCAGAAGCAAGAAUUCUGGUUUCAGAAAAAGAUUGUCGGUGGUACAGUUCAAGACCUUGGAACACAUGCUCCUUCACUUAGGGCAUCAGGAUUCUGGAUGUGCUCAGAUUCUGCAUCGACUUGAGGGCAACUCGAGUUUUAAGGAGGGAAUGUUAUACCGCCAUUGUCAAAUACUCCACAUGAG